AUGAUAGAUAAACUUGCAAACAUUAUUAUUUUAAAGAUCAUUCAAUCAGUUGACAACAAUGUAGAUUUAAUAUGUCUAUUGUUAACUUGUAAAAGGUUAUACUAUACUAUUAUACACCAGUAUAGUAGUAAACUACAAUUCAAACAUAUUAAAUACCUUUCAAGAACCUAUCAACCAAAUGAAUCGUCGAUCAGUUUUGAACUACUCGCAUUUGAAAGUCUAUUCAACAAUGCUCUAUCAAAUCAAAUAGUAUUGUCUGAUAAUCAAGAUACACUUCCAUCACUCAAUAGUCAUCUUGUAAACGACAACAACAACAACUCAACUCUACCUGAUAAUAUAUCACUAACUAUAUCAACAACCAACUUGGAUGAUAUCAGAGUACCAUCAACAACAACAUCUAUUAAUAUUUCACCUGUAGAAGGCGCAUCAUUACCGUCAACAUUAUUUCAAGGUAUUGAUAAUCUUCAACAUUUAACCUUCUCUACGGAAUACACAUCUCCAGAGAGACUGUGCAAGAUGCCAGAUACUCUGCUAUCAUUUACAAUGUAUUACCAGUAUCCAUCUUCUAUUGAAGGAGGAGACGUGUUUCCAUUGGGAAUACAGAACCUGUAUCUAUCGUCGGCCUUUGGAGAUAAUAUACCAACACCACUAAACGAUCUUGGUCUCGAGAAACUAAAGUCACUCAAGUCAUUGGAUAUUUCACCAGUCUUUGUUCGACAACUCAUCCCUCACACAUCCUCUUCAUCAUCUUGUCCAUUCCAUUGCUUCUUACCAAGUUCAUUGACAUCACUCAGCAUUGAGUUUGAAAGUACCGUCCCUUCCAGGUUCUUCCAAUCACUUGUAUCCCUUUGUCAACUCAUUCUCAGUUGCCGAAAUGAUCAAGAUGAUGACUUGUUCUUGGAUAUCACACAUCUCCAUCAUCUCGACACAUUUUCAUUAUUUCCCCGUCGAGCUCUUGGCGUCUCCUCUGUCAAGCUACCUCUGUCAAAGUCACUCAAAACUCUCCGUCUCUCAAAGUGUACCAACCUCUCAACACAGUUUUUCCCAACCACUUUGACAAGUCUGAGACUCAAUAUGUUUUUUAGACCAACCGACUAUCAAGCAAUCGAGUUACCAAAGUCGCUCACCCACCUCUUUUACAUUGGAGAUUUGGUUCCAGUUGGAUGGGUUCCAGAUAGUGUAAAAUUAUUAUCAAUCUCAUCUUACGAUUCAAAUAAUAUUGAAAUAAUUCAAGGAUCAAUACCAUUGUCAAUAGAGACUCUUAUCAUAUCCAAGUAUGAUGGGCCGACAACAUCAAAGUAUCUCCCAAAUUCGAUCAAACAAUUGACUUGGGAUAGACAGAGUGAUACUCAAACACUCCCUACAAAUUUGGAGAGUUUGAUUUGGAGACAACCCACUCCUCAUAAUCAUUCUUGUAUAUUUCCACCAACCAUUCAACAUAUUGAAUACCCUGGUGUCAUCACAUUCCCCCUCCCUCCUUCUCUCACCAGUCUAUCAUGUCAACUUGAUUCAAAUUUUCUCAUCAAUAAUUCAUAUUAUUCAAUUUCAAAGUUUAACUAUCAACAACAACAACAACAACAACAACAACAACAACAACAACAACAACAAGACAACAAACUAUUACUACCAUCAAAUCUUGGAAAACUAAUAAUCGAAACAAGAGAUAUUUUUAAUAUUGAUAAUAUUUUAAAGUUUAGUUUUAGAUUGGAUCAAGUGAUCAACCAAACAAAUAUUGAAAAAUUAUCCAUUACUCUUUUUGGAAGGGUAUUGUUUAAAGCAUCAAUUAAAAGAUUAGAUAAAGAUAAUUCAAGUGUAUUAAUUGUCGACAACAAAUCUUUAUUUGGUGGUAUCAUUUGUCAAUCGAGAAAUUCAAACAACGAAUAUCCUCCUAUUUAUCUACACACCAGUAAAUUUGAUAAUAUCCCUUCUUGGGGUCAUACACUUGAAUAA